UCCACGGGUCAGGGGACGAGCCCGCGCGGCCCGUUCGCUCCGCUCUCACCCGCCUCGCACGUCCUCCUCUCCCCCUCGCGCCCCUCCCAUCGCCGCCGCCGCCAGCUCCCAAUCCCGUCGCCCCCUCCUCCUCCACAAUCCCCUGCAGCGCCUCCUCCUCCAAUCCUCCCGCUCAUCCUCCCCCAAUCUUCUUCCAAUGGCAGCCGGCCACCAGCCCAGGAAGCUCCUCCUCUAGGGCAGGGACGGCGAGCUCCUCCUCUACGGCGCUGGGAAGGAGGAGCACGACCUCGAGCCCGCCACAACGCAUCGUGACGUGGCCGGCGGAUUCCAAAGGCAUGCCUCCUCUCUCUCCCCAAUCACUCCAUGGCGUUCCUCUGGCAUGGGUUUGGUUGAGGUGAGGUCCUGCUUCUCCGGUGUGGGUACUUGCUCCCCGUUUCUCUCCCUCCCUGCUGGUACUGUUUCUCAUCGGAUCUUUUCUGUGCCCGAUUCUACAACUCCGUCCUGCCUCCACUCAGAUCUUGACUUCGAUUAUUGUUGGAUUUUGCAACGACGCGGAGAGCAUCCUCCUACUUCCUCCGUCUCUGGCUUAUCCUCUGCUCCAGGCUUCUCACUCUCUGCCCACAAGUUUCCGUUUGCUGUUGUUUUCAUAGGGGUUUGUACUAGACCAGGCUAUUUGCUGGGUACAGGUUGUCCGUUCGCUGGGAUUGCCGCGCUUGGUUGCCGCGGCUGCUUCGGUUCGAAUGCUCUUCGGUUGCUGCUGUGGUUACUUGCUGAUGUGACCUGCUGCUGGACUUGCCUGUGUUGUCUUCCUAGGAUUUCUUCUUUCUCAGCAGGACCUGACAACAGCGAUGUAGGAACCAAAGGAAGUAUAUGGUGGUCCUGGGAACCGAGGCGUCAGGUUUGGUGUGCUCCUCAGUGGUACGAGGCCGCUAUCCCUCGAGUUACAGUACCAUGGAUGGUAGAGAUGAACUGCCUGUACACAUGCAACGGCGUGGGACUCCUUGGCUUAUACGAAGGAACAGAAGACUUGCGGUGCCGCACGUUUCCUCUGCCCGUGGUGCAGCUAACCGAAAAGAACGCAGGCUGAUCAUUGAUUCAAAACGUGCUAGCUUUAAAGAUCAUGUUUUACAUGUUACAAUGCCUUUGGUUCAUCACAGCGAAACCAAUGAACAGUCAGUUGAACUGACGGAUAACAUAUGUACCAAGGAUACACCAGUUAUCCCACAAGCAGUAGUCGAACAUCUGUCUACACUAAGUGAUAAACACUAUGGAACAAACCCUGUCGAAGACAUGCCUGAUGCCGAUGACAAGGACAUCAGUUGAUUCCCCGUUAGGAAAGUUGUCUAAUAGGUGACACGGGUCACCGAUAGUUCUCUUCCAGCUAUCUAGAUGUUGUAGAAUCUUACGGUUCCACCCUUCUCUUUUGCUAUGUAUUGUACAUAUGAAUCAAGCGUACGAUGCAAUACCUUUCUUCUGCAUCUCUUCUAAUUGGUGGCUUGAUCCUUCCGUGUCCUUCGUUCUGUACAAUUGCUUUUGCUUCAUGUUGCUAUCUCCACUCUUAUUUUUACUUCUUUGUACUUUCUACUAGCUGCCAUACUUGGUUUGGAGGAAAAACUUUGUACUGAAAUGGAUUAUCAUAUUCGCAGCUUUUUUCAUAAAA